AUGGUUGAACCAGGUGUCUUCAACUCAGUCAAAUUUGAGGGCUCGUACUUCUAUGGUAAAGUACGACUGUACUGGUGGAUAACCCCUCAGAUUGUUCCAAAAAAGAGUCCAUGUACAACUCUGGAGAAACCCUCCCUCCAUCGACCUCACUGUCCCGCAUCAACCCCUCGCAAAGGUGACCCUUCUGAAGACAUCCGCGAACUCGCCCUCGAACCCGGGACCCCGCUCGGCCGACCUCCACGCGAUGAACCCGUCGGGCCUCACCAGAACGGCCCCCGACGCGCCCACCCCGAAGUUGUCCUCGAACGUCUCCCUCCGAUCCUCCUCCACGACGUCGUCCCCGACGCAGACGAACUCGCACGCAACGCCGACCCGCGUCCCGGCCCCGUCCGCGACGCCCCUCCACCCCCCGUCCCUCGAGAGGAGAACCCACCCCCUCCCGAACAACGCCAGGCUCGAGAUCUCCUCCUCCUCCUUCGUCCCGCGCCUCACCAUCGCCACGUGAGGCGCCCUCGUCCCGGGCUGGCCGCGCCAUUCAUCGGGCCUCAUCGCGUCCGGCAACCCCUCCCCAUCCCCCUCGGCCCCGAGGACCACGCCAGCGGAGCGGUAGAUCUGGCCCAGCUCCAUGGCGAUGUCGUCGAGGACCUCCACCGCCCGCCCCGUCGCCGCCCAGUCUCCGCCGCCGCCGCGCGCGUACGGCUUGUAGUCGUCCCGCACGAAGAGCUGGUCGUGCCGCACGAGCGCCACGGGCCGCCGCUCCUCGUCGUACGUCGCCAGGAUCGAGGCGUCCGCCGCGCCCGACCGCACGGCGGCCACCUUCCACGCGAGGUUGUGCGCGUCGGCGAACCCCGUGUUGGCGCCGUAGCCGCCGCGGUUGGGAGGCAGCGUGUGCGCGGCAUCGCCCGCGAGGAACACGCGCCCGGACGAGAACCGCUCGGCGAUCCGCGCGCUCAUGUCCCAGUGCCCGACGGCGACGAGCUCGAUGUCCUCGUCGCGGACGACGUCGGGGCCGAGCCCGAGGGCCUUACGGACGAGGGCCCUCUGGGCUUCCGCCGUGUCCGCCGUGUCUGUCCUGUUGUUUUUGUUCUUGCUCUUGUUGUCGUCGUCGUUGUCGUUGUCGUUGUUGUCCGGGACAUCAGCGGCAUCGGCGGCGUCGGUGUUCCACAUGAGCGCCCACCGCCCGUCGUGGUAGCUGACGAGGAAGGCCUCGAACCCGUCGUCGCGGCCCUCGAUGGCGAACUGCACGAAGCCCCGGUCCAGGUAGUGCUCGACGGGCGCGCAGCGGAACAUGAUGCUGCACAGGCUGCGGAGGUGGCCGACGCCUGUCGUCGGGAUGCCCAGGUGCUCGCGGAAGGCGCUGCGCGCGCCGUCGCAGGCGACGAUGUACGACCCGUCGAGCGUCACCUGCUCGCCCUGCCUGUUGACGGCCGUGACGCUGACGCCGUCGGCGGACUGGGCCCAGGAGGUCAUCUUCCACCCGAGGCGGAGGUCGGCGCCGAGCUCGACGGCGCGCCGGCGGAGGAUGGGUUCGAGGCGGUCCUGGGUGAUGGCCGCGCUGAUGAGAGGCGAGUAGACCUUGGCGCCGUCGCCCGGGGGACCGCCUGGAGGUCCUUUAGGUCCGCCGUUGGGUUUCGCGUUGUUGUUGUUGUUGUUGUUGUUGUUGUUGUUGUUGUUGUUGUUGUUGUUGCUGCUGUUGUUGUUCCAGUGCUGCUCGUCCGUCCACUCGCCCGCCAGGCUCUGGACCUUGAUGCGGCGGGGCCGACCGCCCGGCGGGCCCUUGCCGGCGCGGAGCGAGCUGGCGGGGAUGCCGACGGACUCGAGGAGCUCGAGGGUCCGCGGGGUGUAGCCGAUGGCGCGAGGGUGCGGCGAGCUCGCCGUGUGGCGCUCGACGAGGACGACGGGGACGCUGUGGGCGGAGAGGAAGAGGGCGCUGGCGAGGCCCACGAGGCUGCCGCCGAUGACGAUGACGGGCGCCUGGUUUGGUUGUGUCAUUAUUGA